AUUGAACGGCUCGUGAAGCGGUCACCGUCACCGGUUUCAGAUAACGAAGUCAGAUCGUCCUCCACUUUUAUAUAUAUUGCUUUAUACAUUAUACACUACCUUCCAUCUUCCCUACUCUCCACCGUACUGUGAUCGGUGCCGAUGGCUACCUGUCGGUUUUCCGCGACUCCGAGUGGAACAGAUGCGGUUUCAGGCUGCAAUGCGAUCUCUAAGUUGAUCGGUUUCGACCGCAGCAAAUCCAGGCAGCUGUUUUUGAGGCGGAGCUGGAGGUCGAGCCCUUUGAGGAGGUCGUUCCCGUUGAAGAAUGUGUCUAGUGAGCCUCGACAGAAGGUUAAGGAUCCGGUUGCUAAACAGCAAAAAGAAGGUGCAAGUGCUGCAAAUAUUUUCAAUUCAGAUGCUUCAUCUAUAGCCUCAAGUAUCAAACACCAUGCAGAGUUCACUCCAUUGUUUUCUCCUGAAAGUUUUGAUCUUCCAAAGGCCUUCUUUGCAACCGCACAAAGUGUUCGUGAUGCUCUUGUUGUGAACUGGAAUGAGACAUAUAAUUAUUAUGAAAAGUCAAAUGCAAAGCAGGCAUAUUAUUUAUCAAUGGAAUUUCUACAGGGUAGGGCGUUGUUGAAUGCAAUUGGUAAUUUGGGGCUUACUGGUGCUUAUGCAGAGGCCUUGGGCAAGCUUGGACACGAUCUGGAAAAUAUAGCUUGCCAGGAGCCUGAUGCUGCACUUGGGAAUGGGGGUCUUGGUCGACUCGCAUCCUGUUUCCUAGACUCUUUGGCAACAUUAAAUUACCCAGCAUGGGGUUAUGGACUUAGAUACAGGUAUGGCUUAUUUAAACAGAGAAUUACAAAAGAUGGGCAGGAAGAAGUUGCUGAAAAUUGGCUUGAGAUGGGCAAUCCUUGGGAAAUUGUGAGACAUGAUGUAUCAUAUCCUGUAAAAUUCUAUGGAAAAGUUGUAUUGGGAUCAGAUGGAAAGAAACAUUGGAUUGGAGGAGAGGAUAUAAAAGCUGUUGCAUAUGAUGUUCCAAUACCAGGAUAUAACACUAAAACCACAAUAAGCCUGCGACUUUGGUCGACAAAAGCUGCAGCAGAAGAUUUUGAUCUAUCAGCUUUUAAUUCUGGAGAACAUGCCAAAGCAGCUGAGGCCCUCACUGAUGCCGAAAAGAUUUGCUACGUACUCUACCCUGGGGAUGAAUCAGUUGAAGGCAAGAUUCUUCGCUUGAAGCAACAAUACACUUUAUGCUCAGCAUCUCUACAGGAUAUCAUUGUGCGUUUUGAGAGAAGAUCUGGAGAAAAUGUCAAGUGGGGAGAUUUUCCUGAGAAGGUUGCAGUGCAAAUGAAUGAUACUCACCCCACUCUUUGCAUUCCUGAGUUGAUGAGAAUUUUGAUGGAUUUGAAAGGUUUAAGUUGGAAGGAGGCAUGGAAUAUUACUCAAAGAACUGUGGCAUACACAAACCAUACCGUUCUGCCUGAGGCAUUGGAGAAAUGGAGCUUAGAACUUAUGCAGAAGCUGCUGCCUCGACAUGUAGAGAUCAUAGAAAUGAUUGAUGAGGAGCUCAUUCACACCAUAGUUUCGAAGUACGGUAAAACAGAUUCUGACUUACUGGAGGAAAAACUAAAGAAGAUGAGAAUUCUAGAAAAUGUUGCUUUGCCUGCUGCCUUUUCAGACUUACUGGUUAAACCAAAGGCAGAUACUGUUGUUGCUCCCAAGAAGGAACUUGAAAAGUCUAGAAAAGAAAAAGGAGCAAAAGAAGAGGAUAAACUUGUUGAUGAAGAAAACAAACCUGUAAAAGAAGGAAUUAAGGGACAGAAAAAGGUUCCAAAACCAGUACCAGAACCACCAAAGAUGGUCCGUAUGGCUAACCUAUGUGUUGUGGGUGGUCAUGCAGUAAAUGGAGUUGCUGAGAUACAUAGUGAAAUAGUCAAGGAAGAAGUAUUCAAUGAUUUUUUUAAGUUGUGGCCUGACAAAUUUCAAAAUAAAACAAAUGGGGUCACACCACGAAGAUGGAUCCAUUUCUGCAAUCCACAUCUGAGUAAAAUCAUAACCAACUGGACAGGCACAGAAGAGUGGGUUGUAAAUACUGAGAAAUUGGCCGAACUGAAAAAGUUUGCAGAUAAUGAGGAUCUUCAGACCCAGUGGAGGGUAGCAAAAAGGAACAACAAAUUAAAGGUUGCAUCCCUCAUCAAGGAGAAAACAGGGUAUUCUGUGAGCGCUGAUGCAAUGUUUGAUAUCCAGGUUAAACGCAUUCAUGAAUAUAAGAGGCAACUGCUGAAUAUCUUGGGAAUCGUUUACCGCUACAAGAUGAUGAAAGAAAUGAGUGCUUCUGAAAGGCAAGAGAAGUUUGUGCCACGAGUUUGUAUAUUUGGUGGAAAAGCAUUUGCUACUUAUGUACAAGCGAAAAGAAUUGUUAAAUUCAUCACUGAUGUUGGAGCUACAGUUAAUCAUGAUCCUGAUAUAGGUGACUUAUUGAAGGUUAUUUUUGUCCCCGAUUACAAUGUCAGUGUAGCUGAACUGCUUAUUCCUGCAAGUGAGCUAUCACAGCAUAUCAGUACUGCUGGGAUGGAGGCUAGUGGAACCAGCAAUAUGAAGUUUGCAAUGAAUGGUUGUAUUCUAAUUGGGACCCUGGAUGGAGCCAAUGUUGAAAUACGGCAAGAGGUUGGAGAAGACAACUUUUUCCUCUUUGGAGCUAAAGCUCAUGAGAUUGCAGGGCUUAGGAAAGAAAGGCUUGAGGGAAAGUUUGUUCCAGACCCUCGAUUUGAAGAAGUGAAGGAAUUUGUUAGCAGUGGUGUCUUCGGUUCUUGCAGCUAUAAUGAGCUCUUGGGAUCAUUGGAAGGAAACAAAGGUUUUGGUCUUGGAGAUUAUUUCCUUGUUGGCAAGGACUUCCCCAGUUAUAUAGAAUGCCAAGAGAAGGUUGAUGAGGCAUAUCAUGACCAAAAAAGAUGGACAAGAAUGUCAAUCUUGAAUACAGCAGGCUCAUACAAGUUCAGCAGCGACAGAACGAUCCAUGAAUACGCUCAGGACAUAUGGAACAUAAAACCCAUCAAGUUGCCAUGACUCUGUGUACGAAUAGAGUUUGCCUUAUAAUGAAAAUCUCUAGUGUUUUCAAUCUUGUUGUCACGCAAUCAUAUUUUCUUUCCCAUGUAAAGAAAAAUGCCAGAAUAAAUGUUGUUUGUCAAUAAUGUUACAUACCAUGUAAUAAAAGUACGAACUUUACUACGUAAUUCGACCUGAAGCAAACUUUAUCAGUAAGUACUACUGCUCAUUAUUUUGAAUAAGGGAAAUAAUUUUGG